AUGCAUGCCUUGAAAUGGGACAUCAUAACGAGGAAAGGUGGGGAAAGGACCUACACCCAACUUGUCAGACUCAUUAUCAUUGAUGAGAUCCAUCUCCUGCACGAUGAUCGCGGUCCAGUCAUCGAAGCUCUAGUAGCUAGAACGAUCAGAAACUGUGAAACGAUGCAAGAAGAAGUGCGUGUCGUUGGCUUAAGUGCCACACUGCCAAACUACAAAGAUGUUGCAAAGUUCUUGAGGGUGCCCGAUCAUGCCCUAUUCCAUUUCGACAACUCAUACAGACCCGUGCCUCUGGAGCAACAAUACAUUGGCAUCAUGGAGAAGAAGGCAGUCAAGAGGUUCCAGAUCAUGAAUAAUAUUGUGUACGAUCAGGUCAUGCAACAUGCUGGAAAAAACCAGGUCUUGGUGUUUGUCCAUUCAAGAAAGGAAACUGGCAAGACAGCACGAGCCAUCAGGGACAUGUGUCUGGAGAAUGAUUUACUUGGUCAGUUCCUCAAGGAGAGCAGUGCUUCCACUGAGGUGCUCAGAAGAGAUGCUCAGGACGUUAAUAACCACGAACUGAAAGACCUGAUGCCUUACGGAUUUGCUAUUCAUCACGCUGGCAUGACUCGAGUCGACAGGUCCUUGGUUGAAGAUCUCUUUGCAGACAGACACAUCCAGGUCCUCGUUUCCACAUCAACCCUGGCAUGGGGUGUCAAUCUUCCAGCACACACCGUCAUCAUAAAGGGCACGCAGGUUUAUACAAAAGGAAAGGGCAUAUUGAUCACCAAUCACACAGAACUUCAAUCUUAUUUGUCCCUCAUGAACCACCAAUUGCCCAUCGAGUCACAGUUCAUCUCAAAGUUACUCGAUAACCUGAAUGCUGAGAUUGUGUUGGGCACUGUUCAGAACGCUAAGGAUGCUGUUAAAUUGCUAGGAUACACAUAUCUGCACAUUCGAAUGAUUCAUAGUCCGGCCCUGUACAGUGUACCAGUUGACAGUGAUUUUCUAUUGGAAGGCUAUAGGUCAGAUCUAAUACACACAGCUGCCUCCCUUCUUGAUAAACACAACCUAAUCAGAUAUGAUAAGAAGGCCGGUCAUUUUCAGGUCACAGAAUUAGGUCGCAUAGCCAGCUACUACUACAUUUCUCAUGAGACGAUUGCAACGUAUAACCAGCAGCUGAAGCCGAUGCUGAGUGAGAUUGAGCUGUUCAGAGUGUUCUCCCUGUCAGCUGAGUUCAAGCACAUAACUGUCAGAGAUGAAGAGAAAUUGGAGCUUUCAAAAUUAUUAGAACGUGUGCCAAUACCCAUCAAAGAAAGCAUCGAAGAACCAAGUGCAAAAGUCAACGUGCCUACAUCUCCAAACUCAAACUCGAUGGAAUGGGCCCAACUGACUGAUAAGGCGUUGGUCCUUUGCAAGAGGAUUAACAGGAGAAUGUGGCAAUCAAUGAGUCUUCUGAGACAGUUCAAGAAAAUGCCCGAAGAUGUGAUUAAGAAAUUAGAAAAGAAGAACUUCCCAUGGGAAAGAUUCUACGAUUUGAACCCGCACGAGAUAGGGGAACUAAUAAGGAUGCCUAAAAUAGGUAAAACCGUCCACAAGUACAUCCUGCAGCUGCCCAAGUUGGACCUGUCUGUUCACGUGCAACCAAUCACGAGGUCCAUGUUGAGAGUGGAGCUGACCGUCACUCCGGACUUUAAGUGGGAUGAUAAGGUGCAUGAUCAGUCGGAAGCUUUCUGGAUCAUUGUUGAGGAUGUUGAUGGCCAACUUAUUCUUCAUCACGAGUACUUCCUCUUGAAAGCAAAGUUCUGUACAGAUGAACACCUGAUAAAGUUCUUUGUUCCAGUUUUUGAACCUCUCCCGCCACAAUACUUCAUCAAAAAGUACCCGCCACCAACUGAACUUCUUGACCUUCAACCUCUGCCCGUCUCUGCUCUAAGAAAUCGAAGCUUUGAGGCGCUCUACCAAGACCAGUUCAAGUUUUUUAACCCCAUCCAAACUCAAGUUUUCAAUGCCCUGUACAACAGCAAUGACAACGUGUUUGUCGGGGCUCCAACAGGAAGUGGAAAGACGAUCUGCACCGAGUUUGCAAUUUUGAGGAUGUUCACACAAGAUCCUAACAACAAAUGCGUCUAUGUUAUUUCCAUUGAAGCUCUUGCUCAGCUGGUCUAUCAGGGAUGGUUGCAGAAGUUUGGCAAGCAACUGGGCAAGAAGGUCGUUUUCCUGACAGGGGAUAUGGCUACUGAUUUGAAAUUGUUUGCCAAGGGACAUAUCGUAAUCGGCACUCCAGAGAGAUGGGAUGUGCUACCGAGGAGGUGGAAGCAGAGACCGCCAUCUAAAACACCAGCCUGUUCGCUGUCGAUGAAUUACAUCUUGUCGAUGAGUGAGCUGGAGAAGGCAGACGUGGCUCGCUUCUGCAACAGAUAUCCCAACAUUGAACUGACCUACUACAUCAUCGACAAGGAAAACAUUGCUAGUGGAUCAACGGUGAAAGUGGAGGUAACCCUUGAAAGAGAAGACGAAUUUGCCGGCUCCAUUAUUGCGCCAUUCUUUCCACAGAAACGUGAGGAGGGAUGGUGGCUGGUCGUCGGCGACACCAAUUCAGAAAACUUGGUGGCCCUCAAGUGGUUCUCCCUGCAACAGAAAGUCAACAAGGAUUUAUACUUUGUGGCACCGCAUCCAGGCAAACACACCUACACACUCUACUUCAUGAGUGAUGCCUACAUGGGAUGUGACCAAGGGUACAAGUUCACGAUCGACGUUAAAGACUAG